CCACAGUGUGCGUACUGCGUAGCUCUCCGGCACCGGUGUCUGCGACCUACGUUCAGAUCAGUCGGCCCCGCAUACACCGAAGGUACGUUAUCGCUACGUUUGUUUGCCACUGGCAGUCUGCUCGUCGUGGGCAGCCGUGGCGGUAGUUCACUCAUUGACGCUCAUUUCUCGACACUCGUGGCCACGCGUUCUACAAGUACGACGUAUUGAAUAUCGUCCCACCGGUAAAUCGACAUUCGCAAAACUCGCUUGUAUUUUUUUUACUAUUCGAUCACACUAACUUAUUUAUUUAUUUGCUUACUUCCUUAUUUUUUCUCGUCAGCGAAAAACAUUUUCCGGUUACCUACUUUUAUCAACGAUUUCGCUAUCAGCAAACGGCCCUUAUCCGUACUGCGCGAGGCGAACCGUUUAGGAAACCGUAUCAUAAGUCGAACACAGCCAACGGACCGUUGUCGAUCACCGCUUUGACGUCGAGGACUACAAUGGCAUGUGUCGUUAACGUAUGAUUCUUCAAAAGCCGUGAAGUUUUGGGUCGAAAAUUAGACCAAAGAUAUUGACAUUUAAUUGGUUCAUAGUACUGAUCACAUGGCACAAAGGUCUUACCGGUCUGAGAACUUUGCCCGUGUCCACUUCAAACGCGGAACCCCAGAGCCAUCCGUUUCUACUUCUUCUACCGUUUCGUCAAGCGGUAGUGGCCGACGGCCUCAGCCAAUCGGCGGUUCAUCUACAAUGGCGAGUGCCGACGAGCCGCAAACUGCCAGUGGCCAGAAACGACAGCAGAAAUCUGCUGUGGUCACAUUGGAAGCUCCCAGGCCACAGAACCAACGCGCGACCAACGAGUACGUGGAGACUCCGUUUUUGAACGCUUCCGGUGGAUCCGCCAGACCUAACAACUCUGGCAAUCCGACAGCGCCGGCCACUCAGCCACGUUCGUCGGUGCCAAAGGAGGAUGGAAUCAAAAGAAGCGACAGCUGCGGCGCUACUAAAUCGGUGGAUUCUAAAAUCCAAAAGGAAGAUCAAAAUGCACCGAUAAAGCCGCAACAACCGAAAUUGCCGCAACAGCCACAGCAAGACGCACAGCCUCUGCCACCGCAACAGCCGCCGCCGCCGCCGCCGCCGCAACGCGGGACACAGCAACAGCACAAGUCCAUCAUUUGCCCGAUAUGCCAUAAGUGCCGCUGCAACGCUUGCCACGUCUCCGGCAAAAUACGCGGAUGUUCCAUUUGCGGCGAUCACUUGUACGUGAAUCCCACGUCGUGCGUCGAGUGGCUCUCGUGCAUAUGCUGCUACAGAGCUUCAGUAUACCAUUGUUACCCGAGAGAAGACGAGACCACCACCGAUUUGUGGAUGAACAACCCAUGCUCUUGCAUUCCGCAGGACAGGGUGCAACGAUUUUCGUGCAUAUCGCUGUGCACCUUGUGUUUACCGUGCAUCCUGUGUUACUGGCCACUGAAGGCCCUCUCUGAUCUGUUCCAAUGGAUUUACCGGAAAUUAUUCUCAAAAGGCUGCCGUUGUCCUCGCCCGCCCCCAAGGAACGGUCGCCACGGCCGUUGAAUUGUUUGCGAUUUAUCAAAAUAAAAGCUCAACUUGAGAUCAAAAAAAAAAAAAAAAAAUGUUUUAAGAAAGUAGAAAAAUUAGAUUCAGUAGAAAUAUCUUAUAAUCUCUUCUCAAAGAAAACGGUCGCCGAAGCCACCUUUAAACGUAAAAAUUAGUUUCCUAUUUAUUGUGUGUAUACAACUACAUAGUUAUUAUUACUAUUAUUAUUAUUAUUAUUAUUGUAUUUAAGAUUAUUUCACUAUGAUUGUGACUUUUACGCUUAAAAUGUAGUGAUUUCUAUUAGAAAUAUUUAAUGAGUGUGUAUUUAAACUAUAUUAUAUACAUUUUAGUGACACUUUACCAUUAUUAUUAAAUGUAUUUUACAUUUUUCUGCUUGAUUCGUUUACGUCUUUUAUGCUAUUUAUUAAGCGUGUUAUUCGUUAGUACAAAAAAAAAAAUGUUAGCUAUUAAUUUAACAUGUAGGUAAUAUAUUAUAUC